AUGGAUAACGCGUCAGUUUUUACUAACCACAAUUCUCAGUUCAAACCCCUCGCCCCCCUCCGCACUUCCGACCGACGGAAGGUAGCGGACCAAAUUAUCCAACAAUUUAACAUCGAAAUUCCUCUAACAUCUGCCUCUUCAAACGACGGGCAGUCUGAAACCCCACAAAAUGAAGCCGGAACUAGCCUCACCGCUCUUCGCAAAUCUCUUCUCCCCGAUAAUACCAUGUCUGGACGUUUUACAACUACAGCAGGACCCGAUUUGAAACCUGUCUUGGGCACUAUCUACGUAGGUUCGCAUCCCGAUGCCGACGAACGGAUCCUAUGGGUGCGACCUGAACAAGGCGCAGGCUCAGAUGGCCGCUUGUAUCCCACGGUAUAUACGCUAUGGCAUCACCCACAGCUCAUCCCCCUACUACAUACCCCCAGUUUGGUGAUGAAUAAGCUGUAUGGGGGCGCAGACCUGAUGACCCCGGGGUUGGCUAAUGGGCCGCCGUUCGCCAAGGGGGCGGUAAAAGGAGCGAUUGUUGCUGUGGCGAGUUUGGAGAAACCCAGCGUACCAACAUUCGUUGGUGUUUGCGAAAUCGAUGUGGCAGGGUUGGAGCAGGUGCAAGGUACGAAGGGUCAUGCCGUCAGUGGGGUAACGUGGGAGGGAGAUGAGCUCUGGAGCUGGGGUAACAUGGGUCGACCAGGCCGGCCGUCUCCAGAUCAAAUAGAUGGUUGGCUUCCUGGUGCCAAUGAAGUGGGGAAGGAUCUGGAAGAAUUAACGCUAGAAGAUGCAGAUAAGGGUGGAAUCGAUGCCGAAGGCGAAGGGGAUGAUGGUGGUGUUUGGUUGGAUGGCGCGAAAGGCGAGGGAGAGGGCUCAGAUCCAGACGAGCAAUUGCCGGAACCCACUACUGAAGAGAUUGACACGGCAUUUCAAAAUGCCUUUCUCUAUGGCCUUCAUCAACACAAGGUUGAUAAUCCAUCCGCCUCUCAUUACGGGAUAUCAUUCCCUAUCCAACCAUCGUUUUUGAUAGCCAACCUCAUAACCCCAUUCCUUCCAAUCCAUUCAGCCCAACAAGCUCAAUUCUAUAAUAUCAAGAAGACUUCCUGGAAAAAUGUGAAGAAGUUUAUCAAGCACCUAGAUAAAGAGGGGCUGGCGAAGGCUAAAGAUCGCAAUGGCGGCGAAACAGUGCUGUUGGACGUCGAUUUUGACAAUGCCCGAGUCGUCAACUUCGUCCCUUACAAACUUCCAAAAAGGAGCAGCUCUGAGAGCACCGUCAAAUCCACCGAGAAAAGCAAGACUGUUUCGUUGGAUGGAAGCAGCAAAGAUCAUGCAGUGGGCCAAUCAUUCACGGUGAAAACUCUCUAUCGGCCAAGCGGAAAACUUAUUCCUGUCUUAUUUCCGCCUCUGUCGAACAGUGAUAUUAACAAUUAUUACACGCCUUCUGCUGUCUCUAAGCAACUCAACGAUUAUCUGACAGCCCAAGAUCCUCCCAUCAUAUCCCCAACAAAUCCACACAUUAUAUCACUCAACCCAUUCAUCAGCAACACGAUUCUAUCCUCUUCGGUCGAGGAUCUGGCUAUUCUGAAACGCGGCACCAUCCAGCGUGAUGGAAUUCUUCGACGCCUCCUUGAAAACCCUUAUCUUUGUGCGCCUUAUUACGCCAUGCUGAAGCCUGACCAAACGCUCCACGACGUAAAACUGAAGGCCGGACCCGGUCCAAAAGUCACCGUGACCAUCGAACAUCGUGUGGGCUCGAAGGUAACCACCAAGAUAACAGGAGUAGAGGAGUUCGGCGCCACGCCGCAGCUGUUGGCGGAUGAGUUGCAGAAGAAAUGUUCGAGUAGUACAAGCGUUUCGCAAGCUGUGGGAGCGGCUAAGGGAAUGAUGAGCGUGUUGGUUCAUGGUGAUCAUCGAACACUCGUCAAAGCUGCUUUAGCAAGUCGGGGGGUCAAGCCUCAGUGGAUAGAGGUUGUGGAUAAGUCUAAGAAGAAGGGCGGGAAAGGGAAGUGA